AUGGGAGACGGAUGGGAGAACGGGGACACGAGCAGAGUUGUGUGUUUUGUGGUGAGAGAGAUGAAACAAGGGAUCACCUGUUCCUGCCCAUAUACCUAUUCAAUCUGGUCGGUCUUAAGUGAUGGUCUCCUUGGAACUGCGACAACGCCAGAUUGGGCAGACACAAUUCAUGCCCUCACGCCACGUACUUUCCAACAUUUGGAUCACAUUUUACUUAGAAUGAGUUUCCAGACACCGCCACAUCGCUUAGAAGGACUCAUGCAACGUUGGUUUGGCUCUCGUUAA